AUGACGUCUUACAGGUGGUUAUAUUAUUCUAGUUUUAGAAAUAAUACCAUGCUGGCUGCUGGUGCUGUUCCCUGGGGUCGUCAUAGAUUGAUGCCGUUACUUGGAGUUGUCUUGGAAUCAUUGCAUUGGUGGAGCGACAUUCAUUUGUGUAAUGUUGUGUGUAGUGCUGGUGCCGAAGUCUUUAGUGUUGAUGUUAUUCUAUCACUUCGUAAUAUCGUCGUUUUACGGUGUCUUUUAUUGGUAUUAUUGGUCGUACUCCAUAUUGAAAUCGUCCCAAUUCAGGAUCAAGCUGUCUCGGAUAGGAUUGUUUUGGCAGAAUUAAGACUUUAG